AAAGACGCAGUAUCGGGUGCCAGGCAGGCACUGCAGUAAAUACGGAGCAGUUGUUACUAGAUCUGAGCUGUUAUGAAUAUUUAAUCCAAUUGUUCUCUGCAUUUUCUUCUCCAACGGUAAAUGCUGUGAGAAAAAUCCAUUGACUGCCGCUGAUCUCAUCAUUUAGAGUUCAGAACAACGAAACUAGAAUUGUUUCUUUGGUUUCCCACAACAGCAAUUAACAAUCGCGAAGCGGUACCAACGGGAAGAUGGACGAUCUCUUCGGUAAAAAGAAAGAGGUGGUUCCCAUACUUGACCUCUCCCGGUCGACAGCAAUGUCACGGGAGGAGUUCAAAAAAAUGCACGAGAAGGUUCCGGAUUACAAAAUGCGUCCAAUCAAGGUAAGACCCGAGGAGAUUAGGUUAAAAGAUAAAGAUGUCAGCUAUAAAAUGCCCAAGAAAGAGGUGAGAAUGCUAAUCAAAAAUGGUGGAGAAAGGGACAAACUUUACACGUACAUGGAUCCAAUACCGGUUGAGAUGAGAAAUCUGGUGAUUAUGGAACUGUGCAGUGUAUCGAUCGAUUGGAAGAUGCUAACGCCCCAGAGACCGAAAACUAAAACUGAGGAGGAAUACUUUAGCAAACUGGUAGAAUUGGGUAAGUUGCAAAUCAAAACCGAGCAACGUGAUAAACGUGAGAAUCAGCUCUCAUCGUCGGUACGCAAGGUGAAGAACAGAUCCGGCAUUAUCGAGUCUCGCGUUUUCACCUGUCACGAGUGCCUGGAGGAGUUUUGCAAUGGGAAAGUAUGCUUGGACUUCAACUACGAUCUGUACACGCGAGUGGUACCGAAAGCGUCCAUUCAGAAAACCAAUUCGCAACAACAGAUCACGACCUCCAAGGUGCUGGCCGAACUUAAUCAGAAAAGCAUCGAUAGUGGGAGUGGUGGCAGCAUGAAAAAAGGACGCCGUCCCAUCCGUCGAAAAUCGAAAACGAAGUCAAAGUCAACAGAAGAAGACGAUGGCAAUCAGAGUGCCGGUGGUGGAGGAGUUACUGCUUUGACCGGAAAGAAAAAAAGCAAAAAAUCUCCUCGGAGUAAAAGUCCAGCAAAAUAAACAGAAAAAGCUAGUGUUUUUGUCCUAAGCAUAGCAGAUACAUUUCACAACCUCACUAGUAUAAUUAUAACAGUA